AUGCCUCUUACACGAACUCACCGUCACUCUGCCCCUCGUCGCUCCAUCUUCAGCACUCGCCGUCGUGCUCCAGCUCGUUCCAACCGUCACACUGUCACUACCACUACUACUACCACGACAAAGCCCCGUCGUGGAAUGUUCGGCGGCGGUUCUACUGCACGACGCACACAUGGCGCUGCUCCUGUUCACCACCACCAGCGCCGACCUUCUAUGAAGGACAAGGUCAGCGGUGCUCUCCUUAAGAUCAAGGGCAGCUUGACUCGCCGUCCUGGCGUCAAGGCUGCUGGCACUCGACGCAUGCACGGCACUGAUGGCCGUGGUGCUCGUCACCGCCGCUACUAA